UGGAAUCGAAACAGAGAAGGAGCGCCAGGCCCAAAGAGGGGAAGAGAGAACUAGGAUUCCCGGCAUGCCGGCAUCGCUUCUUGAAGUCGAGCGGAGGGGACGGAGUUAUGGAAUUCCUCCUCCCUCCUGUGCCGCCCCCUUCACGAUUCGUCCUGACCUUUGACUCGGGCUCGCACAGACUGGGGAAAAGAGCCAUGGAGGACCGAUCGUUGCAGUGUUUGGGUGGCAACAAACCGCACCUGGAGAAACUAACUCUGGGGGUCGCCCGUAUCCUGGAAGCUUCCCCAGGAGUGACUGGUGUGUCAGUUGUGGAACGGGAACCUGCUGACAUUGGAAUGAUUACUGCAUGGGAACAAGAAAAUGAUUGUGUACUGCCAGAGGAUUUGAAGAAUUUUUACCUGAUGACAAAUGGCUUCCACAUGUUGUGGAAUGUGAAACUAGAUAAUUAUCCCAUUCCAUUGGGCAGCCUGAUGAUUAAUAGCAUCAUGAAAUUGAACCAACUCCACCUGACCUCUGUUUAUUUGCUUCCCAGUUCACCAAGUCUUGUGGACCUGGAGGAGGAUGAGGAUGAAGGGUUGGUUGCUAAUGGAGAUGACCCAGAGAAGCCACAUUUUGACUCUAGAAAUAGGAUUUUUGAACUGGAUUCCUGCAAUGGAAAUGGGAAAGUCUGCCUUGUUUAUAAAAAAGAUAAACCAGCACCCCAAGAUGCCAAGAUCUGGUUUCUGGACAGAGCUUUAUACUGGCAUUUUCUCAGUGACUCCUUUACUACCUACUAUCGCCUACUGAUCACUCAUCUGGGCCUCCCCCAGUGGCAGUAUGCCUUCACCAGCUAUGGCAUUAGCCCACAGGCCAGGCAAUGGUUCAACAUGUACAAACCUAUCACCUUCAACACAGCUGUUCUUGCUGAAGACGACUGCACCUUCUUGAACAAGCUGGACCCAAGCAAGGUGUUUAAGAGCAAGAGUAAGACCUUAGCCUCUAAAAAACGGUCAUCUCUACAGAACUCAAGCUCCCAGAGAGGUUCAUCAGCUUCUCCAGUCAUCAAGUCAUCCCCCCUCCCUGGAAACCCUGUCCGGAAAUAAGCAUUCUCCACCCCCACCCCCAGCUUCUCCAGGCUUUAUGACUCCCCAAGAAUGAAUGAAUGGCCCCAGAUCCAAGAUAGUGGUGGUGGUGUGGCUCUCACUGGGUGUGAAAAGAUCGAGGGAUUUGAACAAAAUCAAGGGGAAUUUUUCAUCAGAACUGGAGUUCAUGCCAAGAAUCAGAGACUGGGUUCUAUCCCUAGGCCUCUGAGUUUAUAAUACAGCAAGUGGAAUCAUUACAUUGUUCCUGCUAUGGUUCUUGUUGGGCAGGAGGAAACAUCUUUUGAAACCUAGCAUUUUCUCUUCACCCUCCAUGCCCCAUGAUACACACACACACACACACACACACACACACACACACACACACACACACGUGUCCAUGUACUGCCUUAAACCAGCAAGCAAUAAAGUACACCCCAAGUUAGAGUAUCCCCUGACAGUGAAGAUCCUGUUGUCAGGUACUGAUGAUGCCUUGAGUGUCUUAAUGUUCCCCUUCCAUGAAAAACCUACUGUAAGUACAUUUGUGCUUCCCUUGUAGCAAUUACCUUCAAAACGUUUAAUUUUACUCUUUGCUGCUUUAGUUGUUUGCCUUCCAGCUGUUUUGUCGAAUUUCUCUCCAGUUGCCAAUGUUAUAUUUUCUUCUGAGCUUUUUAAAGAGGAGGCAGCGUGGCUAUACUUUGUUUUAGUGGUCACCUUAAAUCCACCUCAGACUGUGUUUUGUAUGACUCCACAUGAGAAAUGAUGAUGAAAACAGUAAUUAAUUAUUGAUUACUAUGUCACUGAUGAUAUACCAUAUUAGAAUGUUGAGUUGCCGAAGCUACAAACUGGUACUGUAACAUCUUUAGUAUUGUGUGUUCUUUUCCCUAAGUUUGCUAAGUCAAUAAAACCAUCCAAAUGAACAAACAAGAAUAAAAAAAAAAG